GCGGACACAGAGCUAAAAUAGUCCCAGUCACCCCAGAUCUCUGGGAAUGUCUUUCGUCUUUAACAGGCCUCAGGACUCGAAGAAUGAGCCUUUGAGUCCCAGAGACCCUCUCCUCGAAGGGGAUGGGAUGUCUUUAAUCGGUUUCCCACCGCGGAUUCCUCCGCCCGGCUGAUUCUCGUCAGCCCCAUCACUUCCGGGUCCGCCAUUUUGUCGCCUCCAUUUCUCCACGAGGGGGGGUUAAAGGCCCCCCCACCCAAUAUGCAUUUAUGAAAAAUCCAAAAAAAGUAGCCACCGCCGACGGGGCGUCUGACUCAGGGGAGAAAAGGGGACCAAACUGGCGGGCGCGGAGGGAGCAGAGCCGGCGGCGUCCCCGACGCAGCGCUUCCUGAAAAUACUUGUUCUUAUGCAUAAGGAUGUCUUUAGUGGAUUUGGGGAAGAGGUUGCUAGAAGCAGCAAGGAAAGGACAAGAUGAUGAAGUGAGGACCUUGAUGGCCAAUGGCGCCCCUUUUACUACAGACUGGCUUGGAACAUCACCUCUCCAUCUCGCAGCCCAAUAUGGUCAUUAUUCCACAGCGGAAGUGCUCCUGAGAGCAGGGGUUAGCAGGGAUGCCAGGACUAAGGUAGACAGAACUCCCUUGCAUAUGGCCGCAGCAGAUGGACACACACAUAUCGUGGAGCUGCUUGUCCGGAAUGGUGCUGAUGUCAAUGCCAAGGACAUGCUGAAAAUGACUGCUUUGCAUUGGGCCACAGAACACCAUCAUCGUGAUGUUGUAGAACUCCUAAUUAAGUAUGGAGCUGAUGUCCAUGCCUUCAGCAAAUUUGAUAAAUCUGCCUUUGACAUCGCUCUGGAGAAAAACAACCCUGAGAUUCUCGUCAUUCUCCAGGAGGCAAUGCAGAACCAGGUGAAUGCCAAUCCUGAGAGAGCCAACCCAAUGGCCAACACAGUGACGAUGGCUGCUCCCUUCAUCUUCACGUCUGGAGAAGUGGUCAACCUGGCCAGCCUUGUGUCCUCAGCCAGCACCAAACCCACUGCAGUAGGUGAUUCCCAUUCUUCAACAGUACAGUUCUCAAAUUCUACCACCUCAGUGCUGGCCACCCUAGCUGCUCUGGCUGAGGCAUCAGCUCCUCUUUCUAACUCCCACAGAGCCACGGCCAAUUCAGAAGAAAUCAUGGAAGCAAAUUCUGUAGACUCAGCAAUCCAACAAGUAGUGGGGAGUGGAGGCCAAAGGGUCAUCACCAUAGUGACAGAUGGAGUCCCCCUGAGUAAUCUCCAGACUGCAAUUCCUGCUGGUGGUAUUGGUCAUCCAUUCAUUGUGACUAUGCAAGAUGGACAGCAAGUUCUAACUGUACCUGCUGGUCAGGUUGCAGAGGAGACCAUUAUUGAAGAGGAAACAGAAGAGGAAGAAGCAGCAGAAGAGUUGCCAGUGGCCAAAAAACAAAGGACAGAAGAAGUGAUAGACGGCGUGGAUGAAGACAAGGAAGACAUAGAAAGAGAAUUGCUACAACAGCAGCUCCAGGAGGCCAAUCGCAGAGCCCAGGAAUACAGACAUCAGUUACUAAAGAAAGAGCAGGAAGCGGAGCAAUAUCGUCUCAAGCUAGAGGCCAUGUCCCGGCAACAGCCAGAUGAAACUGAGAUCACAGUAGUAGAGGAGGUGGCUGAGGUGGAUGCUGUCGUGGUUACAGAAGAAGAAGUGGAAGGGAGGGGAACAGAAGUUACAGGGUCAGUAGGGACUGUGGAACCUCAUGCUGAUGUUGCCAUGGAAACUGUUGCAUCCUAACAUUCAGGCCUCUACCCUCUAUCCCCCUUUCUUUUUCGUACUUAAAAAAAACACAACAGGAAAAAAAAACCACCUAUUUUAAAAUAUCCAGGACUUUUAAAAAAGAAUUAACAGUAGGACACAGCCCUGUGGACUGGGGAGAUCUCUUCAUGCAACUGGAAAAUUAAAACAUAAUUUAUGGGGAGAUGUCUUCUGGACCCAAAGAAUGGGGACCAAAUUUCUCAACUCAUAAGAUUUGUUUCAAGCAUAAAGGUUUAGGGGGUUUUUUGGUUCUUUUUUAUGACUAGAUCUCUAAUUUUAAGCCCCAAGAGUUUUUUAUUUGCUAUGAUAGCUCCCCUGCACACCCAGUCUUUUUAGUAAUAUUACCAGCAAGUGACCUAAAAUUUGCCUUGGACUUACAAUACAUGCCUACUUGCUAGAUGAAGUUUAGAGAAGAUAAAAGGAAAUAAUACCCUGUAUUCAAAAUAAUUUGCUGAUCUUUAGCUGCCCUGGACUGCCUGCCUAUCUGCACCGAAAAGAACUGUUAGGCGAUUGCCUGACACAUUUGAAGCUGUUUUAUGUCAUACCUGGGGUACCAUUUUAAAAAGUUAAAAGUCUUUGACAGCCCAGAAUGCCAGUACUUAUCUGGAGUGUCGCAGGCAAUAUGGAGCCUCAGAAGCCUGACCUCAUUGGGAAAGGAAGGGCAGCAGAAGCUAGGAGGCUAUGUAUGAAAUCCACUCAAACCUGGGGAAUCAGAAGAUGGCCUUUUCCAAGACAGACCUUCUGGUACCAGGUAUACAGCUCUAAGCAGCAUUCUUGAUCCACCUGUGCCUUUCCCUGAGGUUUAGAUUCAUCCACUUAUAUAUGCAUAAUGUCAGAGGUAAGGCGAAGGGUGUUUCAUUGUUCUGUGUUCAUCUAGAUUGGGAUGAGUGAAUUUGCUUAAUUAUUUCUCUCCUUUCAUGUCUUCCUUUCCCUCUUCCCUAACCCCCAGCACUUAGAAAAGUGGUGCUCUGCCUUCAGUGAAUGUUAACACACCACCGAUGAGUGACUAAAUCAGAAUUAUCAGUGUUGUAAAAUAAGGAACCAAAGACUUGACUAAAAACAAAAGAAAAAACAAAAAAACAUGCCAUUUGAAAAGUGUUUUCUUCAUUUUUCACAUGUGCCAGUUUAAACUUUUUUUUCCAGGGGAAAAAAAUGUUUAUAAAGGAACAUGGAAGAAAGGGAAUAUAAGGGUAGGCCAGGGUUAUGUUUCAGAGAAGGGCCCCCUCCCUCUAGCAUUACUGCCUUUCUUCUUUUGUUGCAAAGCAGGGGAAGAAACCCAGGGAGAGAUGAGCCAAGUAAACACUCAAAUGACUGUUUAGAAUCUGGUUGUCUUAAUUAGUGAUCAUGGGGAAAACAGGCAUUUUUAAUUUGGAAAAAAACUUGACAGUUAACAUGGCUCCAUUUACCUUGAUUAGCCAAGCAAUUUGAUGCAGUUUUCGAGUUUCAGAAUCAAUUUGGGCUUAGACUAGAUUGAAAACGGAAUUUCAAAAAACAGUUUAACAAUUGGAUUUGGCUAUGUUGCUGUAUAUUCAUUUAAUCAAUUUUGGAAAUUGGUCUCAGCUAGUGGCCACAUCAGCCAGGUCUCUCUAAAGCUUUCAGCCUGGCCUGUCAUGCAGCAUCUCCAUGUGGGCAAGGAGGAAGGUAGCUCUUGGAGGCUUCCUCUGGCUUGGGAAGGAGACCUGAGGUCUCAACCUUCUUGAUCCCAUUUAUGGUGUUUUUUUCUGUUUUCAACUCCCUUUGGGAAACCAGGAAUUAGUUGUGUAUGCGCAUGUGUUGUUUCCUAUUUGUAGUCUUAGAUUUAAACAAGAUCAAAGGGGAAAUUGGAACAGAGUCCAUUUCAGGGGUCUUUGUCAUGUGUCGACUUAAAUACAUUUUUUUUUUCAACCCAUAGAAGCUCUUCAGGCCAAACAACCUUGGCCUGUAGAUAUGAUCUAAGUAGUACAAGUUUAUUCUACUUUUCCCUUCUUCAUCUGGCAAUUGUGUGUUUCCUUCCAGAUACCCAGAACCUCUCUCUACUCCCUUCCCAUUUUGAUUGGCAUGUUGAUACAAGUUACCCUUGACUUCUCUCACUGGACCCUCUUCUCCUCUGCCCAUUUCUUGAAUGGCAGUGUUCCUGACAAGUCAUGGAGGUGGGUGAUAGGGGUGUUUUUGUGGGAGAAGAGGGUAUAUUGUUGGUGGGAAAGAGUGAGCCAUCAGUCAUACCGUGGCAUCUUUAUCCUCUUGGAAUAGAGAGCUUUGCACUGAGAAGGGAGGUAGGAUCGAGGUCUUUGGUUAUGUGACAGCAGUUCAAAUCAGGGUGCUUUGAGAAGUUGUUUGAUGUUAAAUGAUGGUAAUUCCCAUAGUUCUGAGUAUCUUCUUGGGACUUGCUGGGGUAGGUAAUUGCCACAGCUCUAGGGAACAACAUGGCAGCUCUUCCUUGCCUGAUCUGGCUUUAGAGGGUCAGAGAGAGCUUAUUGGCAGAAUAGUCACAAAGGGCUAGAUGGCAGGUCCUAUUCCUUAGGGAGAUGGUUAGAGAGUCAGUACUAAUGAGAAGGAAAUUUGGGGCCCCAGGGGUUGUCUCUCUUAAAAGAAAAGCUGCUUAAGAAAUGUCAGUAUUACUGUCAGGAGCCCCUAGGCUUGCAUUUUAAACUAAGGGCAAUUUGUCUUAUUCUUUCUCCAAUAGGAAAAAAUUCCUUCCUAGCUUUAGGGGAAGUGAGAUAUGAAUUUGUAAUCCCUUCCCAUCACUGUCCUUCUGGGGACCUCUCAGUUUAAAUAAAAUAAUUCAAGAUGCAUACAUAUGUGCACAUAGACACAUGUGUGUGUGUGUGUGUGUGUUUUGAUGUCCCAUUCCCUCUGCCCCCCAACACUGACUAUAGCUUUAAAUAAUAGGUCCUCUUAAUUCAGUAAUAUCAGGAAUCUGUGACAUAAAAUGACUUGUUUUCUUUAUUUUGCUUUCAAAGAACUGAAUUCAUCAUAGGGCUAUCCAUUUAGGGAGUGGCUUUGAGUGACUCAUAUUUUAUUGGUACCUUUUACUGGGUUUACACAUGUGUAUAUCUGUAUAUACACAUACAUAUGCAUGAAUAAAGAAACACACACAUACAUUUUUCCACAUUUUCCUUUCCUCAGGGUUCAACUCCAAAGAAAAACUAUGUAGAAUGAGUGUUAGGGUCUAAGAAGUAAUACUUUCUCCUUAGAUUCAUUGUGGAGUUGUGAGGGAGAGAGGGGAACAAAGACUGUUCAUUUCUUGGUUUGGGUUUCUUUGUGAAGAGUGCCUUGAAGAAGGCUGAAAAGCGAGUAUCCAGGGUGACCCAAGCCUGGGCUUCUGAAGGAUUUGCUUGGCAUGUGGUACAACUGGUACUGCAGAUGCUCGAUGUUUCACAAUAGCAUCAGACGCUGGAAAUGGAGCUCCGUAAUUCAGUAGGAAGCACUAGGCCUCUCUUCUCACCAUGGCAGAGCCUUUAGAGAAGAGGGAUCCAGCUCUCUGGACCUCUUUCCCCAGACUUCUUGGGACUAUUGUGAGAAUUCCUGUCACUGUUCCCAAAAUGAUAGGUAUUUUUAUAGUCAAAUGAUGCCAGGAUAGAGUUAAUUCUUCCAGGAAACUUAGGCUAAAUGAAGAUGGUCCUUUCUGAAUUUCUUUGGACUGCCUUAUACUUUUUACUCUAGCUAUGCAGACCCAGCCUUGAAAGGCUAGAGGCAAUCAUUCAAGUGAGGUGAAUGUCAGGAUUUAAUGCCCUAUAUGCUGCUUUCUCUUACACAUGAUGGCUAAAUACCCCAGAUUCCUAUUCAUUUGAUGAAUUCUCUGAAUGACGACCUUCCAGUCGGCCUAGGGACCACCAGCAGGAGAGGCUGUGAGCAGCUCUGAACUCCAGGUGCUGUCUUUUCUGAGCCUCACAGGGCUGAAGGGGAGAUGCUGGUGACAGUCCUACACUGUAAUAGUCAUGUGAUCAGCAGGAAAUGGUGGCCCUAAAUCUCCACCUCACCUCCUGCCUCCCUGACCCCACUGCACCUACCACAAUGAGGUUUUUCCACACAGGGAGAACAUAAUUACUUGGUCAUUUCCAUUCUCUGUUUGCGAGUUCCUGUCUCUCUCUGCCCUUCCCCCUCCAUCCCUUGCACCCUGGCCCUGUUCUAGAGGGUGUUUCACAGCAUUAAUGUAGGUCACAGCCUCUAGCCAUGCUGCCCUCUCAGCUUCAGGAAUCUUGCUUUGUGUCCAGCUUUGCCCUUUUCAUCAGCCUUCUAUUCCCCAUUUCCCUGUGUGCCUCUUCCCCCUCAAAUCGCUCAGCACAGAAACUGUUUCUCCAAGUGCCCUCAAUUUUUCAAGUUGUCUGACAGUUUUAUAUACACAACACUUUUAGGAAAACCUAAAUAUUUUCCUCUUUUUCUAUUUAGGAUGUUAUUGAAAUAGUGUUUGAUUCUGAUGAGCGUGUAUGUAUACAUAUACAGAUAUAUAUAUAUAUAUAUUUACAAUUUUUGUACAAUUGUUUUAAAAAUAAAAGAUGUUUCUUAAUAAAAUGCCCAGGUUUUACUAUCUCA